AUGCCGGGCCCUAUCAUGUCAUACAACAAACUGGCGAUCGUCAGUGGUGUGUUUAUUAUCAUAUGCAUUCUGAUAAUUUCGACGACAGCUGGACUGCAUGAAAGCGGUUCCAAGGUAGUCGAGAAGAUUAAGGAAUCCGCAAAGGAGGCAGCCAACGAUGUCUGCAACAACGACCGCCCAGUUUUUGGCAAGCCUACUAUCAGCGACUCCUUCCUCAGGCUCUACGAAUCCAUACGGCACCCCAUAGACGAUCCAUCGUAUACCGACGCGUCGGGAAAAAUACACGAAGUGAAAGAAGACGCGCCGUGGUGGCGAGAGCCACUUAGGAGCGAAAUAUUGAUUGUGGACAUCGACACCAGGGUGCCCAACAAGAAGAAUGAGCUCUGGAAUAAAGAUCGUCUGAACUGGGAGACGAUGAAGUCGGAGGGCGAUGGUGGUAUGGUCAGCGCGGCCUUUAUGAACCACUUCUUUUACGCGCAAAUACACGGCUACGACUACCGCUUCAUCAACGCGCACGACAUGGAGGGAAUGCACAACACCUGGGUGAAGCCGCACGUUCUCGACGCCCUCCUUAAGAAGUACAAGUUUGUCGUCUUUAUUGACGCCGACGCAACGAUAAGCCACCUCGAAGUCCCGAUCGAAUGGCUCUUCAAUCGCUGGGGCAUCACACCGGAAACCAGCAUCGCCAUGCCCUUCGAUACACGACAGACGCUCAACGGCGACGAACACGCAUCCGAAGAUAGCCGCGGGAAGCUCGCCCUCAACACUGGCGUUGUUAUUGCACAGUCCCUUCCACAUACCUUCGAUAUGCUAGACGCAUGGAAAGAGUGCCCGACUGGUGUGCGCUAUCCAGACUGCAAGCGGUGGGCCAAGGAGUGGUCACACGAGCAGAAGGCGUUUUCGGAAUACAUUCGAUACGAUUUCAAUCCGAACGGUACCAACAUUGUCGAGAUACCAUGCAAUGAUGCGAUGGGAUACCCGGGUCUGACAGAGCAUACAUGGAUUACGAGCAAGUGUACAGGCCAGUUCAUCAGGCACCACACAAUCGAUAAACAGCGAACGAAACAAAGCACCGAGGCAGCUAUGAUGCAGAGCUUGACUGAUUUGCUGCACCAGGAGUUGCAUGGAAAGCGGGAUACAUACUUUGUCAAGGAGAGCAAGGAGAGCAAGAAGACCAGGACCAUCAUGGCGGAACUAGCCCCUUUGGAACACACGCCCAUGGACGACAUCGCGCCCACGUGCGCCAAGGUACGCGCCAGCUUCCUCUCGCACAAGACCAAGCCGCUCGAGUACCGCAUCCAGCAGCUGCGGAAGCUGUACUGGGGCUUCAAGGACAAUGAAGAGCUCAUCAAGGAGGCGUGCAAGCGCGACCUGGGCAAGCCGUCGUUCGAGACAUACCUGACCGAGAUCUCGUGGUGCAUGAACGACUGCAUCUGGAUGGCCAACAACGUGCCGCGCUUCGCAAAGGACGAGAAGGCGACCGACAUCCCGUGGACAAACAUGCCCCUCAGCCCGCGCAUCAAGAAGGACCCGUUGGGCACCGUGCUCAUCAUUGGCGCCUACAACUUCCCCAUCCAACUCACCCUCGGCCCGCUCAUCGGCGCCAUCGCAGCAGGAUGCACCGCCAUCGUCAAGCCCUCCGAGUCGGCCCCCAACGCCGCCGUCGCAAUCGAGAAGAUCCUGCGCGAGUCCCUCGACCCGGACUGCUACACGUGCAUCCAGGGCGCCAUUCCCGAGACGACGGCCCUGCUCGACCAGAAGUGGGACAAGAUCUUCUACACUGGCGGAGAGGUCGUCGCCAAGAUCAUCGCGAAGAAGGCGGCCGAGACGCUCACGCCCCUCACGCUCGAGCUGGGAGGCAGGAACCCCGCCAUUGUCACAAAGCACGCCGACCCAAAGCUCGCCGCCAGGAGGUUGCUAUGGGCCAAGACACUCAAUGCAGGCCAGGUCUGCCUCAGCCAGAACUGCACCUUUGUCGACCGUGAGAUCGUCCCAGCUUUCAUCGAGGAGAUGAAGAAGCAGCUCCAUGAAUUCUACCCAGACGGCGCUCGGAACUCGCCCGACUAUGGCCGCAUAGUCAACGAGCGCCAGUUCCAGCGCAUGAAGAAGAUGCUCGACGCUAGCAACGGCAAGAUUGUCAUUGGCGGCACAAUGAACGAAUCCGACCUCUUCAUCGAACCCACCGUCGUCCAGAUCAACGACAUGAACGACAGCAUGGUCACCUCGGAAUCCUUCGGCCCCCUCCUACCCAUCCUGCCCGUCGCCAACCUCGACGAAGCCAUCCGCAUCGCAAACGAGAUCCACGACACCCCCCUCGGCACCUACGCCUUUGGAAACAAGGCCGAGUUGGAACAAAUCAUGGGACAAACGCGCAGCGGAGGUGCCUCUCUCAACGACGGUUUCUUCCACGGCUCCAUACCCACCAUGCCUUUUGGUGGCGUCGGAACAAGUGGCCAGGGCGCAUACAGAGGCAAGGCCAGUUUCGAUACCUUUACCCACCGCCGGAGUGUGACUACCACACCAGCCUGGCUUGAGGGUCUCAUGGACGUCAGGUACCCGCCAUACACUCUCGCAAAACAGAAGAAGUUUAUUGGCAUGAACGACGUCAAACCCAACUUCGAUCGUCAGGGUAGAGCACUUGGCUGGGGUGCGUGGUUUAUGGGUCUAGUAGGCUUGAAAAGCUUGGCUGCUGUCGUUGGUCUCACGUCCAUCAACAAACUUUCUGCUGCAGUCGUUGUAUAUUACAAUUAUAGAAGCAAAUCCGUAAAUCGGACUAACCAUAAUUUCAAGUUCGCUAGUCAGCCUAUCAGCAACUUUACAACAAUGACACCGUUCUUCCUCAACGGAAAAAGCCCAAGGACCAUGCAGCGAGAGCUCUUGACUAACGACUAUCACGGUCACGAACACUACCGACAAGAUACAAGUAUGCAGUCAACUUCAACAGGACUAGGACGUCGAACACGCAUCGUGCAUCCAUCCCCUUUCAGAAACACCCAAGACCCGUCCAGCUAUGAGCGCCUCCCAUCAUGGUUUACAUCACGCGGCUCUAUAUACCCAUAUAUCCCCAAGCGUCUUUCAGCUUCCAUGUCUGCUGCUGAAAGCGCGCACAGGAGUCUUACUUACGAUUUCUACAAGUCACACUUUUCAAUUUACUCUCUUGGAUCAGAAAGAUACAGCAAUCGCUAUACUACAUACUAUCCGAACUGUCAACCUGAAUACCCGCUCGUCCAAAAGAGGAAGAAGAAGAAGAAGAAGGCGGAUGAUGCACAUGUGCAGCAGGAAAGGGAUGAGCUAGUGUUUGUGAGGACGAGAGGAAAUAGAGUUGAGGAUCGUGGAUGGAGGAAGACUGAAAAGGAGGUACAAUGGCUUAGGGGACGGCGCUGGAUAUGA